AUGAACCGCCCGCUUGGCCUCUACGUUGCGUGUGCCAUCCUAAUGAGCCUCGCAGAGAUCGGCUUCUGUUUGGCCGCGUUGCUGCAGGAUGACCUGAGCAACUGCAGUUUUCCUGAUGGGAUGGCCAAGAGUGUUGGGAUUGGCUCCUGGCUGCGUGUUCAGAUGGGCUGUGCCUGGCUCAACCUCAUCUUUGCUCCGUACAUCCAGCAUCAGUUGAUGCAGACGCUUGAAGCGAAGGCAGGUGUUGCAGACAUGGACCAGAAGGCAAUCAAGGAGAGCUUCCAGGAAGUCUUCCUUCAUGACAUCGGUGUCUGCCUCUAUGUUUUCGCGUGGAUUGGCUCCCUCGUAUGGAGCGUUUGCGGCCUCUCGUGGAUGCGCCAAACUCCGGCUGCCUGCGAUCCUCAAGGUUGGGGGUCCGCCGCUGCCUUUGUGGGGAUUGCCUUCUUCUGGUGCCUCUUGUUCUAUGGAAACGUCUGGUAUUGGUAUGUCAGCUGCACCAGCCACAGACCAGUGAAAUGGGCCAUGAAGCUGAUACCUGCGGUGACAUCUGGUAAGGUGCACGCUCCGCAAGUCUCUGUCAUGCGAGGAGCAUCACCUGCAGGUCCAGCCUUACCGCCGCCAUCCGGCUGCCAGAAGGCCUGCACAGCGUCGCAGCUUGCAAAGCUGGUGGCAUGUAUCGGCUUGGACUUUUUCGGUGACGCGACGUACUUCUUUCCAGUGAUUGGUGAGGGGGUCGACUUGGCCUACGCGCCCAUCCAGGGGAUUGCCCUCAUGAUGCUGUUCGGCUCAAGAAGCAUCGCCACCGUGGGAGUGCUGGAGGAGCUUCUGCCGUUUACGGACCUCAUGCCCACGGCCACUCUGGGCUGGAUUCUCGAGACCUUCUUCGCGGAGAGUUGCCUCGGCCGGUCCCUGGGAUUUUCCCAGCGCCAAGAUGGCUCGUCUUCGUCUGAUGAGUAG